AUGGCCAGGGUUUAUACAGAUAACUGGCCUCAACAACUGUGCGCUAAUAUGACACUGGAUGGCCAUUAUCUGAACUUUAAGACAAUGAGACAAUUAAAACUCAAUAAUAAUGACAGUAAUAAAUUUGAUAGUAAUUAUCGUAUACUAAACAAUACUAUACAAUAUCGGCUGUUGAUUACGGGUGACACUGAUCAACACGACAUACAGGUGCCCAAACAGCCGUUCAUAUGGGAUAAGAUAGAUAAAGAUAAGACAAUGAUUACCGACUAUGAUAUCGGCGGUCAAGGAAUAGGCGCCGAUACUAACAAAAAAUAUGUUAUAAUAUGUCAUACAUAUCAUAGUAUCAAACAUAACGAUACCUAUACUGAAUGUCUGAGCGAUACGGCUAACAAACAGUUAGUAUAUAAGGAUCCGUUAGUUAAAGUCAAUCCUAAUGUACUAUUAGUGAUACCGACCGCCCGAUUGCCCAACAAUUAUCUGAUGCUAUGGAAUAUAAAGUAUCAAAAGUUUCGGUUCGUUCGGAUCUACAUAACGGCCGCCAAUGAUAUCAAUUUGAAAUCAAUUAACGGUGAAUCUGAAUGCCCGGUGCUUGAAAGCAUCGGUAGCACCGAUAGUCGGACACAGGGCGGCUGUAGAGUACCGCAGUUUGUCCACGAUAUGGCAACCGUUGGCGACAAUCUAAUGGAUCAAUUGUUUCACGUAAUGGACUAUCAGCUCAACGAUCAGGACAUGGGUCAUGUACUAUGGUUUAACAUUAACGGUCGGCCCAUGUAUUGUACGACACCUGAAGGCCAACCACUAUCCAAACAGUGCCGAUCACAGGCAACACUCAAAUCGUUUAUCGGCCACUGCUUUCCGACUACUGUGGUGGUGACAGCGGUGGACAACAUUACCGCUACUUCAACAACAACAACAGUACAGACAUCGGGAAACUUAUCGAUACCGAUGUCGACGACGACAACAACAACAAUCACCGAAAGUCUUGACGACAACCAGUCGUCGUCUAUUAAUCCAUAUAUUGUUUUGGCAAUCAUUUCAUUCAUAGUUGUUAUCAUAAUUACCGCCAGUAUCGGUGCAGUUGUUUAUCUGAACCGACGAUCAACACAAUCGGCCACUUCCUUAGCAAAAGAUGGUCGACUAUCGGUAACUAAUCGGUCGUUAAUUAUUGAAUCAAUUGAAACCGUAAAAAGUUUUGAUAGCAAUAAUACCAGUAGUAGUAAACAAUCGACAGUAAGAGAUAGUAGUCUAAGUGAUUAA